GACAGUAGCAGACACCUACGUUCACCCACCAGGUGGUUAAUCGCACUAAUUGUAUCUGCCUUGGAGCCCAGGUGUAAAAUAAUCCCUGAUUAGACGAUAUGGGUUCAACACACGUCUUAACGUGUUCACAAACUAGUGAGAAAAUUUUGUUAAGAACAAAUAUUGAUAUCAUUCUCACUUAAAACAAAAAAAUCUACGGAUAACAUGUUGGUCAUGUACGUCGCAGACCCCAGGGCGACAAACAGCGUGGUCAGGGGGCGCCAGAAUCAACGCAAGCUAGGAGUUCCUCACAGGAGCUUUAAGUAUCUUCUGAACAAAGUCAGGAUGACAAACUUCUCACGUUAUCUUGUAAAUCACCUGCUGACGUUCUCGCUCCAGGACGGGGAUGUGCAGAGUGUGGAGGAGGCGCAGGCACGUCUCUCCUUCCUGGCUCAGAGCAACAAACUGUGGAGUCAACAGAUGUUUCUAGAUAUCGGAGCAGAAGCCAUUCAUCUCAGAGACAUACAGAGCCAGGACGAGCUGGAAAAGUACGCUUUCAGAUCUAUUUUCCGCUGUGACGCCAUAAACACAGUGAAACACUUCCCAUCCCUCCUCCUCUUAGUCUGCCAGAGUUCAGAUCAGGAGAAGCCGGACAUUCAUUUCUUUAACUGUGAGACUGUAAAGGCAGAGCAGAUCUGUGAAGACAUUGAACAUGCAGUUUCAGAUUCCUCAAAAAACAGGAGUAAGAAAGUUCCUGAUGCUCUCAGGCUUCCUCAGAGUGGUGGAGACAUGCUCGACCCCUACGAAAUCCCAAGCCCCCCAAUUGCACAUGCUCCAAAUCCCCCUCCAGCCAACCCUCCACCUUACCCUGGACUCAGAGCAAACGGCAUGAAUGGAGGGCCUGACAUCUCCUUCCUGAGAGCAGAAAGAGAAGUGGGGAUCCUCAACCACUGUUUCGAUGACAUCGAAAACUUUAUGGGGAAGCUGCAGCAGACUGCAGAAGCUGCGACGGUGCUGAACCAGAGGAAGAAGAAGAAGAAGAAAAGCAAAAAGCAAACAGCUGAAGAGGAUUUACUCACUGCAAAGGCUCGCCCCCCACCUGAGGAGGAGUUCAUCGAUAUCUUCCAGAAGUUCAAAUACUGCUUCAGCCUGCUGGCCCGUCUGAAAUCAACCAUCUCAAAUCCUUCAUCAGAGGAGCUUGUUCACCAUGUGUUCAAACCUUUGGAUAUGAUGGUGAAAACUACAGGAGGACCAGGUUUGGGAGCUUCAGUGUCCAGCCCCGCUAUGACCAACUCUGCUGUUUCCUUGCUUCAAGACACCCUGAACGAGGGGGAGAGGCAGCUGUGGUCAUCUUUGGGUCCUAAUUGGACUCUCCCACGUUCUCAGCUCAGAGGCCCCAUCGCUCCCUACACCCCAGUUUUCUUGGACGGUUGGAAGCCAGAAGCAGUGAGAGCAGACGGGCAGGUUUGGGAGGAUCCGGUUGAGUCACAGCACAAACAUGAAGACCUCCGAGUAAAACAAGAGCAGUCAGUUCCAGACGUCCACAUCGGUGAUGAAACAGAUGGAUCCACAACAGACCCAGAGAGACUCUACAGCUGCACCUACGACUUCAUCGCCAGGAACAGCAGCGAGCUGUCGGUGCAGCACGGGGAGACACUCGAGGUAAUCGAAUCAUCCAAACGUUGGUGGAAGGUUCGUAAUAACUACGGCCAGAUCGGAUUUGUCCCCUUCAACAUCCUGGAGUCCAUGGCUCACAUAGACAGCCCCGCUGUCAACAAACCCCCCAGUGCUCCAGCUCCACCUCCUCUCACAAAGAGUAUGACCCCAGUCCCACCCAGCCCUCCUGCUCUACAUCAGGCACCAACCCACCAGGCACCCACCCACUCCCCCGGGCGCCCACGCAGCCUCCCGCCAUACAACCUGCACCCACAGGCUGUAGAAGACUCAGAAAACAAAGUCAUGAUGGUGAAUGAUGAGCUGCUUGCGCGGCUGACCAACGGAAAGGCCAACCUAAACAAACCUCUGAACAUCCCCCGUUCCUCAGAGACCACGGUGCCCCUGAACUACCACUCUCCUCCAGACGAGGUAGCCGAGUGGCUGCGAGGGAAAGGCUUCAGUGAACCGACAGUGACAUGUUUAGGAGUGCUGACAGGGGCUCAGCUCUUCUCCCUGAACAAGGAAGAACUACGAGCCGUGAUUCCAGAUGAGGGCGCCAGAGUCUAUAGUCAGCUCACUGUGCAGAAAGCACUGCUGGAGGAUGCCAGAAGAGCCACGGAGCUGGAGACGGUGAUGGAGAAGCAGAAGAUGAAGGUGGAUCUAAAGCUAGAGAGCAGCACAUUGUGAACAGGACUUUAAGAUGAGCGUUUGUUCUUUCCUUAACUCCUCCAUGUGUGAAAAAAUUCAGAGAACAAAUUGACAGUGACUUUAACCUCUACAUGGCAUCAUUAUUUUAUAUUCAUCUUAUCAACUCUGGCUGGAUGCCAGAAAAUUUCAUCUUUUGGUAAAAACAAGCGCUGAUUCAGUUUCAUAUUUUACCUUUAGAUAACUGUAACGGAUAAUGUUGAUUUUAAUGUGAAUAAUUUUUAUCUCAUUAAGUAAAAACUAACUUAAAUUGUAUUUAUCUUGUUUGUAAUAUACUUGAUUGAAGCCAUGAAUGACAUGACUAACAAAAACAAAGACAAACAGACAGAUUUAAAAUGGUGGGAUUUUUUUAAUUGAGACUUUAAAGAAAGAUGUCCAGCAGAACAUAAACAGAUAUGACUUCAUACAUUAGGUAAAGCAAUGCUUCCAUUAAAAUGUGUAUGCAAUUAUAAAUCUAUACACACAGAAUUAUGUCCAAAAUGGGCAUUUUUAAAUUGACGAACUUGACUAAUAAAAACAAAUGUACAGUUAUAACUCUGGAUUUCCGAUGUGUCUUUUUUGUACCUACAUCUUCACAUGCCAACACUUCCUGUGAAGUGACAAUUUAUUUUAUUUUUUUUAAAUAAAGAAAUCAAGACAAACGUAAUGCAGGGGUUUGAAAAAAAAAAGAAAGAAGUU